AGAUGACUAUUGAGUGAUAUAAUAAUGUGUAUUAAUCUCUCAAAUUAACUCUUAAUCCAAAUGACUCUUAGGUGUGAUAUAUUGUGGACAGGAAGAGGAAGAGGCGGCCAUUGAUAUAAUAUCCACAAAGUAUGAGAGAUAUGGCAAUGGAGUCGAAGCACCGGAAAAGUUGGAAAUCAUUAAAGAGAAGUGCAAUGAAUUGGGCGAUACUAAAGGCACGGGUAGACUUUUCUGUGAUGUAGUAACCGGCUUGAAAUGGGCAGGUUACCUCAAACCAAAAAUCCGGGAAGUGAUGCUGGAGAGUCCUACUAUUCAAUUCUAUGAGAAGGUUAACUUGUUCUGCAAACUGCCCGAUGACAAAAUGUUGAAAUACACUCCAAUUAUAAACGCUAAACUGGUCGAGACUAAAAAAUUACGUGAUCGUUUCCUUGGAUACCUAAACGAUGCUACAAAACAGUCAAGAAUUAACAUGGGCGAAAUUGUAUGUUUCUGGGAUAUAAUAACCGGCUUGAAAUGGGCAGGUUACCUGAAACCAAAAGUCCGGGAAGUGAUGCUGGAGAGUCCCACCAUUCAAUUCUAUGAGAAAGUUAACCUGUUCUGCAAACUGCCCGAGGACAAAAUGCUGAAAUACACUCCGAUUAUAAACGCUAAACUGGCCGAUACUAAAAAACUACGUGACCGUUACCUUGGAUACCUAAACGAUGCUCUGAACCAGACAAGAAUUAACAUGGGCGAAAUAGUAUGCGUUGGCCGUGACUUCUGGGCUAAAGUAAUAGAUAUGCACGAUGACCUAGAUGGGUUCAGGGAGUUUUCCCACAGACGUGUCGACCUCUAUCCCGCAGUACUGAACCGAACUGAACACGUGUUGGGCGUAAAGGUGGACACAAAGUGCGAGAUGAAAGAGUCUUAUCCGGAAGCAACAUAUAAGUCGUUUACAGUGUUGAUUGCUAAAUUACUUACAAAGUAUUUGGAGUCAGCGCUUUAA